AUGAAGUUUUUUCUCUCGACUUUGCUGGCCUUUGGCUAUGCCCAGCAAUCCUGUACUGUCUGUAGCGAAACGAUGAUUGAGCGGAAUAAGCCUCUAACCAUAACUAAUCCAGCGGAUCUUCUACCAAACAAGGGCUGCUGGGAUACAACCGACGCCGCAAAUUUCGGAACGGAGAGCUGUUCGAAAUGCUACGCUCUUUUUUUCAAUACCCGUGGUUCUGAUAACAUUGGUGAUGACUUCUACGUUCUUCACGCUGAGCGGGGCUGUGUUCACGAGAGAACCAUGGUAGGCCGAAAUGUGACAUCCUUCCCCAGCGCAACUGAGUGCAUUCCUAAAAAUGGCGUUCAAUGCACCAUGACACUGACAGAGGAAAGCUUUGGAAACUUCGGCAACAUUCAAGCGCUAUAUGCAGUUGGUACUGCGGCUGAUACCCUUAGUAUUGGACAAGCACUUAUCAGCGUAAAUAAUCCUCUUGGAUUCGAUAGAUUUAAUCAGGCUCCUCUUCGUUGUCAUCAGUGCGAUUCUCAAUUCAGCGAGGCAAAUAACGCCUGUUUCCAAAACCCUCCACCUGCGUCGGACUGCGAGGAUUUCAACGCGACAAGCUGUUAUUCUGAGACUUCCUCCUACACCGCUGUCGAUCCGAAUACCAAUCGAGAGAGAACAUACUACUACGCAAAACGAGGAUGCAGCAGAGUGUCCUCCCAGCUCGCAGGAGUAACUCAAAUACGAGAGGAAACGAAAGAGCUCCCAGUCGUUCCCAUGGUCGUCGAGAACAAGAGUGUUACCAGACGCGUCAAAGUUGAGCACUGUGCCACCGCCAGCUGCAACAAAGCUCGAAUGGACUACAUUUCUACCAGCGAUGAAAGAAAAAUGGUAGCAUCUGCGAUCUUCUUUAUUUUCAGCCUCAUGAUAUAG